AUGGAAACUACAAAUGAUUGUGAUGGGGCUCCACUAACCCAUACCCUUGAAAAUGUAUCAAGGCGUCCAAGAAAAGUUAAAAAUUUGGAAAAAGAAGUUGAAAUGAUAUUGUCACAGGAUGAAAACGAAGAUGAGACAGAAAUCGAUGAGAAUGGCGCAGUGGAACCAUUGUUGAAGACUCCUUCCACCAGAAGGAGGCAAAAGGUAACUGCUUGUACACCACAGGCAUCGGAAUCCGUGUUGCAGGAUAUGCUGCAAACACCACGCAGGAGUUGUCGUAAGAGUAUUAAGCCACCCCAGGAUUACGAUGAUAUUGUAAAACAGUCCGCAAGGCGAUCCGCUAGGAAGAAACUAAACUCAUUGGAAGAGAACAAUGAGGAAAAUGAGAAUAAUGACCACGAUGAGGAACAUCCCAAGUGGACGGCAGCAAGUGUUGGUAGAUCUUCAACGAAACGUACACGAAAAUCUAGACGCAACACAAACAACACAGGUCGUGGUAAGAGGAAUUUAAAUGAAACUGCAUUGGAUGAACCAAGUGGAGGCGGCGGCGAUGCUCAUGUUUCUUCAAAUGCAUUUGAAGAAAACAAUGAUGCAACUGUACAAGUCAAAGAAGAGAAGGAGACUGAAGAUUUGACCGCUCCCGAGGUGAUGGUACAUACUGUACAUGAAGAGAUUGAGAAGAAGGAGAAUGCUUUGUGUUCUGCUGUCAAGGAAGAAGAACAGGAAGAUGUAUGCGUUAGCAAUGAAGAAGCCCCACAGGAGCAUGUUGUUGAUGAUGAGAUUAAUUUAAUACAAAACGAAGAUGAGCAUGAAAAGUGUCAGUUAAAGGAAGAGGAAACUACUGAAGAAGUAAUCUGUUUAAUAGAAGAGGAUCCAGAAGAACAAGCAGAAGAUAAACUCACUCAAAUGCAGGAAGAAGAUAAACAUGCUGAUGAUGAAGAUAUCCAAUUGAUACAAGAAGAAGAGGAGGAGGAGGAAAAUAUUGUUAAGGAAUUGAAAGAAGAACCAGAGGAUAAGUUAAACGAUAUUCCACCAUUAAAAAUGGAAGAGGAAGAUGAUAUACAUGUCCCAGACGAAGAAGAAGAUGUCAAGGACAUAUCAAUGAUAUCUAUUAAAGAUGAUUCCAUUAUUGAAGAAAUAAAAGAAGAGAAACAAAUUGAGAAAAAAGAGGAAGAAAUGCCACACUUGAAAACCCAAAUUGAGGAGGAAGUGGACGAAAAACCAAGCUUAGAAAAUGACUCCUUUGGUUCUUAUUUGAAAUCAAAAGAAAUUGAUAUGGAUGAUUUGGGUUUAAAUCCCAUCAAUGAUGAUGAUGAAACAGAUGCAGUAUCGUCCAUUAAACAAGAGGUGAAAAAGGCAGAAUAUGAAAUUUUGGCAUCUGCCGAACAACCAGAGGAAAUGCCUUCACUAAUUCUCUGUGAUGAUGACGAUGAAGGGGAGGAGGUGGUGGAAGAUAAUGAGAAAUCUCAAAAAGAAAGUGCUAACUUAAAUGAAACUUAUGAUGCUGAAGAUAAAGUUGUUAUUAAUGAAGGCGGCAUCGAAACAACUAAUGCAGCUAAAGAAGACACAUUGGCAAAUGACACUAUCGAUAAUUUUGCAAUUUCUACCGAAUCUACAGAAAUGGAUAAACUUCAAUUAUCUGAUGAUGAAGAGGAGGAUGAAUUGGGACCCGCGAAGAAAAAACCGAAAGUUAUGUUUAGCAAUCAAAUUCCAUCAUCACCCUCAACACCCAAACAAUCGAGAAUGCCUGUUCGGCAUUUAACACCGUAUCGCACUAAAAGCGAUAGUAAACCUAAAUCGGAACCGCAACAACUGCAUGGUAGUGGCAAAAAAUUACCUUUAAAGAAGGAAAACUUAAAUUUCAGUACAUCUGAACUAACAACCAUGACUCCAAGAGAUAUUGUCUUAAGAGGUAUACGUAAGCGUUCGCUGUCCGUAUGUUUGGGAUCGGCGUCGGCCGCACCUAAGCUUACCAGAAGUGCCAAAAAGGCCCAACAAAAAGCUGUUAAUUUCUAUAGUCCUGCUAAUCAAACCGCAAUCAUUGAAGAUUUGGAUAAACAGAUCAUAGAAAAUUUUAAGCGAAGAGUGCAGAAAUCCGAAGAAGAAAAUAAAGCUAAAAAUGUAACUACAAGACGUAAACGUUCAUAUUCCUUUGAUGACUCGACAAUGUCAAAGUCUAUUUGUGUUACAUCAAGACUACCACGUCCAUUGGCAAAUCAAAAGCAAUUCCUUAAUUCUACAACAAUCUCGACAUCAUCAUCAUCGUCCUCUUCAAGUAUGAUAAAGCCAACACGCACAAAAUUACCAAAUUUUGCUGCAAUACAUCAGAAACAGUUCCAAAAAAUGGAAAACUUAGCUGAUCAUGUGGCUCGCAAACAGGAAAGAUCUAAAAUUUUGAUCAACUCAAACAGCAAAAUAAGACCAGCAUCUGCUCAGAAAAGUAUUAGCACAUCAAUGAAAAAUAACAACACCAAUCCGAAUGAAAAACCUAAAGCUUUAAAGCGCAUCGAUAUGACAUCAUCACAAAGUCAAACUCAAAAUAAGCAGGCAGCAAAUACUUCUAUCAAUGUUGCCAGGAAAAUACCACUUGCAAAUAAUCAGAAUAAAAAUCCGUCAACAGAGAAAAUUACAACAUCUUCUAAUUUACCCGAUCCCAGAGAUGCUAAGCAUAUAACUAUGAAGCCAAAAUAUGCAACAACUACUACCAACACCAACAGCAGCGGCAACGUGAUGCCUAAAAAGCAUUUGCAACCAACACAAUCGUUUAAUGUAUCAACAAAUGCCAAUUCGUUUUCGUUUAAACCAAAGCCAACAUUUAAUUUGUCCACACAAGUAGCCGGCGGUAGUACAGCAUCAAGUCGAUUGGCGGCCAAUACAUCUAUUGUGCAAAAGAAACCAACAACAACCGCUGGUGGACUUAGCAAUCAGGAUAAGAUGGCUUCACGUUUACAGCGUCACAUUGAUAUGUUUAAGGGACGUGUUCCGGCUGCACGCGCUGGUGUCGCUUCACGUAAAAAUGAGGCAGCUAUUAAGGGUGUUCGUUCGAAUCGUCGCUUUGAAUUGCAAAUGCAACACAGAAAGAAUAUUGAAAAUUAAAAAUUUC